AUGACAAAUACUCAAAUAAACAACAAAAAUAAUGUUCCUGUUUAUGUUGAACAACAGAUUAUUCAAACUGACUUACAGGCCACAGACAUUUUAAAAACUAAAAUUUCUAUUCCAGAACUAGUAAAAAAGUUAGAUUUGCCAUUAGGAGAAGAUAUUCCUUAUCCAGUUUAUAUUUCCCCCGCGGUAAUAAAUAGAAAAACCACUUACGGCGGAAUAACUAUUGAAAACAAGAAAGAAAUAAUUAUCGAUAAACCUUCUAGUAAAGACCAAGAAACACAAACAGAUUUAGCCAGAGCAGCAGAUAGAGGAUUAAAUAGGCGAUUAAAUGAGGCUAAUGCUCUAAUUAAUAAUAUCCAAAAUCUCCUGGGAAUAAAUGAUCUGAACAAUUUGCCAGUUUUGCCAGAAGGAGAAACUUUGAUUAGUUUGUUAGAACGACCAACCCGAGUCGAAUUAUUACAAGCAGAGAAAAAUAGAGCAAAUGAUUUACAAAGAAAAAAUGAAGAACUUCAAGGAGAUUUAGAAACAGAACGAGGCUGA